CCACCCUUUGCCUUAGUUCAUGCUGGAGACAGGACCAGAGCUGCAUGUGAUUGAGGAGUAAGGAACCAACUUCAGCCUCGUGCCCUGCAGCCAAUGGCCGGGGCCACAUCGCAGUGGGAAUCCCAGGGCCUGAGCCCAGCUCACACAGCCCCAUCUCCCCCCGCACUGCACAGUGACCCUACAGCACCCUGCGGGCUGAGCCGCAGCCCAUUGCACCUGUCACUGCGUGGGAGCACCCGCAAUGUCUGUGCGCAGCAACCACAAGCGACGCACAAAGCUGCCACAAAGGUGGCACCAGGCUCCUGGCUGUGGGUCCUGCUGCUGCUCAUGGGUGCUGCGGCCAUGCCAGGAACCAGCGCCGGCUCCCACCGCUACCAGCAUUUCUACAUGGGGGUGUCAGACCCCAGCCCAGGCAUGCCCGACUUCACUGCCAGGGGCUAUGUGGACGACCAGCAAAUUCUCCACUAUGACAGCAAGACACGGAGACAGGAGCCGCGCGGAGACUGGGUGCAGAGAGCCGUCAGACCAGACUUCUGGGACAGGGAAACCAGAAGCUUGCAGGGCUGGCAGGGGGUAUUUCAAUCAAACCUGGUCACCCUGCGGUAUCGCUACAACCAGACCGGUGGGUCUCACACUCUCCAGUUCAUGUACGGCUGUGAGCUCCAUGAACACAACAGCACUGGAGGCCACAUGCUGUUUGGCUAUGAUGGGGAAGACUUCAUCAGCUAUGACCUGAGAACACGCACCUGGGUGGCAGCCCCGACACAGGCUGAGAGCACCCAGAGCAGGUGGAAUAAGGAUAAGGCCCUUCUUCAGGAUGCAAGAUCCUACCUGGAGGAGACCUGCAUUGAGUGGCUGCGGAAGUACCUGCAGCACGGGGAGGCAGCACUGCAGAGCAAGCAUCCCAUGGCACAGGUGAGCGACAGGCCAUCCCAGGACGGACGCACCACCCUGUCCUGCCGUGUGCAUGACUUCUACCCCAGAGACGUGGCUGUCGUGUGGCUGAAGAACGGGGAGGUGCAGCCCGAGACAAACCGCGCGGGGGUCCUUCCCAGCGGAGACGGGACCUACCAGACCUGGGCCACCAUCGAGAUUGACCCAAGCAGCAACCACAACUACACCUGCAGCGUGGAGCACGAGAGCCUGGGUGCAGCCCUGAGAGUGUCCUGGGACAAGGGCCGGACGGAGUCCAACUGGGUGCUGAUUAUGGGAAUCACUUUUGGUGUCCUGCUGGUCAUUGCCACGAUGAGCGCAGUUGCUAACUUCUUCUGUUUAAGGGAGCCUGCACCAUCUCCAGAGGGGCCCAUGGAGAAGGAGAGGAAAUAGCACAAAUCCAUGCACUAUAGCCCAUUCGCACCUUCCAAACAUCUUCAUUUCAGGGGCAUGGGUAGAGGAGGCCAAAUGCUCUGAUCUUUGGCCCUGGAUGCUGUCUUGGACAAUGCAAUCCUUUUUCCCUUUUUUUUUUCCUUUUUUUGGGGGCAGGGAGUGGGGCAGGUGAAGAGACCUUUUGAGUAUAAGAGCUUCUGCUGUGUAUUUAAAAUGGUGUGUCUGUGUGCUCACUUAUAAC